AUCAAAAUUCGUGGAAAGAGUGGCAUCUAGCAGGGCAUAAUUAGCCAGCUAAACAGAUUUACAGUAUUUGAAGUAAGACAGGGUUAUCUGACGGUUAAUCUAUAACAAUUUGAUCAUCAUUAGUUUAACUCAAGUAAUGAAAGAUACACAUCUUUUUCCUAAACACUUGUUUUCAACAAAAAAUAAGUCAUGGAUAUACGCAACGGGAGGAGGCGAAAGAUAACAACCCCAAGAAGUCUGCGGGCUUACAAAAGGCUGGUUGAAGCACAGAACGCCACCGCCAACAUGAAGACAAAACGGGAGGUGAAACGAGAGGUGUGCAAAGUCCUGAGGUCGCUAGUGGUAGAGAACAACAGUGUGGACAUAGAUGUCCCCAUGGAGGAGCACUGUUUCUCUAUGAACUUUAGUAAGAACGAGAACAUCGAGGAGCAUGUUAUGGUUAUGGCACCACGCUACAGUCUGUUGCGAGAGGUCGGAAGGGGCAGCUAUGGGGUAGUGUUCGAGGCAAUUGCACGGAGGACAGGGGCAAGGGUAGCGGUUAAAAAACUCCAGUGUAACGCUCCUGAAAAUGUGGAACUCGCUCUGUCCGAAUUCUGGGCCUUGGCAAGCCUGGAGAAGAAGCACGAGAAUGUUGUGCAGCUCGAGGAAUGUGUGCUACAAAGGAAUGGAAUGGCCCAGAAAAUGAGUCAUGGAAAUAAAAGGUCCAAACAAUACCUGCGGUUGGUGGAGACUUCACUAAAAGGUGAGCGGAUUCUGGGCUACCCGGAGGAGCCGUGCUACCUGUGGUUCAUCAUGGAGUUCUGCGAGGGCGGGGACCUCAACCAGUACAUCCUUUCGCGGCGGCCCGAUCCGCGCACCAACAAGAGCUUCAUGCGCCAGCUGACCAGUGCCGUGGCCUUCCUGCACAAGAACAACAUUGUGCACCGCGACCUCAAACCCGACAACAUCCUCAUCUCCCAGAAGUCAGGGUUGCCUGUGCUCAAAGUGGCUGACUUCGGCCUCAGCAAGGUCUGCGCAGGCUUGGGCACCGGUGGCAAAGACGGCGAUGAGCAUCCCAUAGCUGGCGGCGGGGGCAGCGGCAACAAUGUGAACGUGAACAAGUUCUGGCUGUCGUCAGCCUGUGGCUCAGACUUUUUCAUGGCACCCGAGGUGUGGGAGGGCCACUACACGGCCAAGGCGGACAUCUUUGCCCUGGGCAUCAUCAUCUGGGCCAUGCUGGAGCGGAUCACCUUCAUCGACGCUGAGUCCAAGCGCGAGCUGCUGGGCACCUACGUGCGGCAGGGCACUGAGAUUGUGCCGGUGGGUGAGGCGCUCCUGGGGAACCCCAAGAUGGUGCUCCACAUCCCGCAGAAGACACGCAGCACCAUGUCGGAGGGGGUGAAGAAGCUGCUGCAGGACAUGCUGGCAGUCAACCCCCAGGACCGGCCCGACGCCUUCCAGCUGGAGGUGCGGGUGGACCAAGUCACGUGUGCUGCGUGACACCGCUCCCCUCCCAUUCCCCAGUCAGAGAAGGGUCUGCUUUUUUACCAGAUGUGUUUACUAACUCAGUGUGGGAUCCCAAGUCUGUACAGAGAUGGAGGAAGGGACUCUGAUCAUCUCUGAACUGUGAAACCUCUGCUCCCAAAUGUGAAGAAAAGAAAAUCGGAGGGUUUGUGGUCAGCACUUCCAAAAUAAGGACACCAUUAUCGGAAAAGCUAUGCAAUCAAGUCAUAUGGGAAGUCAGGUUCUCUCCCCUCCCCGCACCUUCUAUUUUAAAUUUGGAAUGCUGUCACCAAAAAGCCGAAAGACAUUCACCAAUGUAUGAUGGUCAGCUAUGCCAGAACAGUGUUCCCUUGCACACCUGGGAUGAAAUGGCCCCAAGGAGUAAUCAUGAUUAUUUUAUGUUUAUAUUUGAUAUGCUGGUCGUCAAAAUACAUUUUUCUCAAUGUUAUUUUUUCAUUGGUCCGGUUAUGGACGGGUUCUCCUCCAAUGUUGACAUGUUGUUGGAUGGGGACACAUAGGCUAGUAUGAAUGGAUAAUCUGCCAUGUAUAGACUGGGGAGGCUAACAUGUUGCACUGUGUACCCUCUAUGCCAGAGUUUUAAAAAGUAUUCCUAAAAUGACCGAUGAUAAUGAUGUAGAAGAAGGGACUUAAUGUGGAUCAUAGAAUUAGGAAUUAGAGUACAAUGAUGGACAUGAACCUUCUUCUGAUGGGAUAAAGGUCAGACAUUUUGGUCAGGGAGUUGGUCAACCAUCAUUGCCAGUACUAUGAUAAGAUAUUGUGAAAAAUAUAAUUUAACUGCACUGCUAACAAAAUAUACAGUGCAGAUACAUUGAAUAAUGUAUCUGCACUGUAUGUUUAUUAGCUAGCCAGCCAGAUCGAUUUAGACAAAUUAUUCCAUACAUUUUUCAAAUUAACUGCCAAUAGUCUGAGUCGAUAUUCACGUAAUGAUAAGGAAUUCCCCUCGACCACGCCCACAAAUUGGGGGAAAACAAACAUUCUUUCCCAUUAACCCCCCCAGUGUAAAAGAACAAACUUAGUUUUUUCCACUAUGGCCGAAAAGCUGCUGUGUUGUUCAAUGUACAUGUAACCAGGUCAAAAAUCCCGACCUACGGUUGGUAGCCCUGUGGCUUCAAGCUAUUCGGCUGGGAAAUGUGGGGACCCAGUGUCCAGGUAGGCUACACGUAGCUAUGUGUGUGGAAAACAUUUCGUCACAGGUAAGACAUUUAACUUGUUUAAUGUAGUCCGUUUGUAACACCACUCACUACUUGUAGCUGUAUAGUCUGUUUGUGUUGUUGGUCUUCGCUAGCUUAAUGUUCCGGUUGGUAGCUA